CAAUGUAAUUCCUAUUCAAUACAUCAAUCUGUUACGGUUACAAACUACAGACGUUUUAGACAGCUUUUGAGCUUUGACCACAAGAAUAAAAUUUUCAACUCCUUUUUACUGACCUCUCUUGGCAAAUAUUUAUACUAAAUUGAUGCAGAUUUUUCGCAUGUCAUCUUUUUGUCUUUACAAAACUCACUUCUUAUCACUUUAAUUACAGACGCCGGCUGAAACAGUUGUGUAAUCAAUUUAAUUUAAAAGUAAUUUCAAGUAAUUAAGCUUCAACAUGGCCCUUCGUGAAAGAACCUUCAUUAUGAUCAAACCUGAUGGUGUUCAACGAAAUCUAGUCGGUAAAAUUAUCAGUCGGUUUGAAGAAAAAGGCUUUAAAUUAGUUGCUAUGAAAUUCAUGCAGGCUUCACAAGGACUCCUCGAAAAUCAUUAUGCUGAUUUGUCCAGCCUACCUUUUUUCCCCGGUUUAGUUCAGUACAUGCAAAUGGGUCCUGUUGUCCCGAUGGUUUGGGAAGGUGAUAAUGUUGUGAAGACAGGAAGAGAUAUUAUUGGAGCUACAAACCCUUUGAUGUCUGCCCCUGGAACCCUCAGAGGAGAUUUGUGCAUUCAAGUUGGAAGAAACAUCAUCCAUGGUAGUGAUUCUGUACCUAGUGCUCAAAAAGAAAUUUCACUGUGGUUCAAAGAUGAAGAGUUAGUUUCUUACAAGAGUGCCUUGGAAAGCUGGAUUUAUGAAAAUUAAUGUUGAUCUAAUAAAUUUUUUAUACUUGAAAA